GCAUUGCGGGGUCUCAUUUCAGACACCACCAUCGAGGCUGAGCUAAAACUUUAAUUUAUUUUAAUGCAGUUGUUGGGGCAUUUUAAUUCCAUCAAAGGAAAUGACACAAGACAAUCUACAGACAUUCAUUUGCUGCUUUUAUAAAUGAAUUGAAUUCAGCUGUGCUGGGUUUCUCCUUCUGGGGCUCCACUUUGAGAUUUACUUCUUGCUCAGAGGCGUAAGCAGUUGAGGACUGUGAACCUUAAAAAUUGCAAUCUAAAUUCAGUGUUUCAUACAUGAAUAUUUAAGCAAAGUGAUAUUCUCUAUUCUUUCUGUAAGGCCCCAUUUUUAAUCAUUGAUGUCUGUUCUUUUGAGCAAAUAAGCUCCGUGCAUACAUGACUUGUAUGCGUUUUUUAAAAAUGAUAGCUCUCUGGGACAAGUUCCAGUAUCACAAUAUGCUGUAUAUGAAUAUUUAUGGAUCCAUCAACUUUGGUGAACAUUGAAUUUGCUGAUAAACAUUGCAGAGAACUUUUUUUUUUUUAAAGAGGCAGAAAAACAAUUUCCAAAUUGGGUCUAAUUCAGUGCGUAUUUUUGGCAAAAAAUAAUCUUUUGCUGUUGUUUUUAAGAAAAAAAAAAACAAGCUUUUUCACUGAAAGCUACUUUUGCAUGCAUAAUUUAUCUAAAUUAUAGAAAAAAGCAACUUUUUCAUUGAUACUGAAUGACACAAAACACGAAAAUUAUGUCAUUUGUGGCAAAGAUUUAAAGUGAGCAAAAAUGAAAUUUGAGAGUUUGGGAAUAUAAGACUUACAUUACCCAUUACCUGCAUGUUGGUUGUAGAAUACUGAUCAAUGUGCUAGCAUCAGCAUUUUCAGGCUGCAAUAAAAGUUUUCAUCCAGAUACAUUGGUGUUUUGUUAGAAUUGUGCAGAAAACCUAUCAAGCUGCUGUGAGAACGUGCAUACAUCUUGCAUCGUGUAUAAGUUGCACUGAGUAUUGUUGCCUCUUGCACUCAGAUCACAAAUGUAGCACUGUUGCUUCUUUUUCAGUUCCGUAAGUGUGGCAGUAUUCUAUUGGUUUUUUUUUUUCCUUACUUGAUAUAUUUUUACAUACAUAGAAGGACAUAUAUAUGUGUCCUUCCUCCCCUCGGUAUCUUCAAUGAAACAUCCUUGUAUUAAUAUGGGCAAAAUGAGUGUGAACAGAGCAUGACCAUAAAUAACCCAAAAGGAAGGUCCUGUUGCAACACGAUGGCAACACCAUUUUCCAGUUAUCUCUAGCUGCUUGUGGGAGAUUAAAGCGAUGCAGAUGGUGGUAUGAAGGAGAGAACAAUGAAAGGACCAAGAAGAGCUUGAGGAAAUGCAGAGGUGAGUGCUGGAAAAUCAGGUAACUUCAUGGGAAUGUGGAAAGGAGCCUUGAGACAAAACUGUGGCUGCAGAUUUUGACGGUAACCCCAGCUAGGGUAUGGCUACUGCAGUGUAAUAAAAACAGGCACACACUGAGACCUCUGCUUUGUCACUCCGUGAUGGGGUUACAGCAAUGCAGUGGUGGGAAUCCUUUGCUGUGACUGAGCCAGCGGGAGCUGUAGUAGGGCUGUAGGUGUUGAGAUCUGAGUAGAAAAGGAUGAUAUUUUGACUGUGGGAAUACAUAGCCACAUUUUCCAGUACAAGUAUGCCAGAAAAAUUUGGGUUUAUUUAUGUAUGAUUAACUGACUGUAGGAAAGUACCAGCAAUGUUUCUCAUCAGGCCUGUGCUCAAGCAACAGCCCUUUUGCCAAAAAGAAGCUAGCAAUUUGUAAGAUAUGGUUUGUUGAAAAGUAUACACAAUUAUGGAGUCAUGUUAGUUAAUAAAAUGCUUCCUCAUUUCUCUGUCUCUAAAAGCAGGAAACAAGCUCAUGUUUGUGAUCUCUCACAAAAGGACAGUACAGCUUUCACUUCUACUGCAGAAAUGGAGUUACCCUUUGAGAAACUAAAAGCAGGGCAAAAAUUUAAAUCAUUUCUCUGGGUUACUUCCUUCAAAUAGCCAAGUCUAGGUCCUGAGUUUUCCCAUAAAUGCUGUUACCUUGAUUUUUUCAAAAAGAGUUUGAUGCACGCAUCUUUGCUCUUGCAAAGUCUUCUCUUCAUCUUCUGCAGGUAAAUCUGUGAAGCAGCAGUAAGAGGUCUGUAGCAGUCUGUGCUAGCUAGCGAGCUAGCUGCUCGUGAGUAGUGGCUGACUGGAGAUGAUGGGAAAAUGAGAUCUUGGGUUUUUAAAACUGGUUUGUAAACAGAAAUCCUUUUUGUUUCCCAAGCAUUUUUUGCUUUCUUCUUUUUAGAGUAAGAAUGAUACUUGACAUGGGUCCUUCUUACAACUUCUGUUUUCAAAGAAAAAAAAGGCUUUUCUUCCCGUUUUCUUUGAAGGGACUUGCAUUACAGCUUGUGACUACCCACCAUUUCCUUUGCCUUCUUUUACUGCAGUGAUGAUUCCUUUUGCUGAAGAUGAUUCAGACAUGGGCAGUUCAGGCUGCAAUCCUUUUCUUGAUGAUCCAACUGAUUGGAGGGUCAGCUUAUAGAAGCGUGAAUGUGCAGGCUGGUCAUGAGGCUGUGUUGAAUUGCCCAUCAAUUUCCGAGCUGUCUUUGCUAAUGGUGACGUGGAAGAUGAAAUCCAGCACUUCUUGCUUUUUAGCUUAUAGAAGGGAUCUCAAUGAGUCAAAAAUGUUAAACUGCAGUGAGAGGAUGAUGUGGAAAUACUCACCCAAUCACGACCUAGCUCUACGUAUUUACCCCGUGAACCUGAAUGACGAGGGAAAUUACACCUGUGAAAUUGUCAGCAGUGAGGGGAAUUUUCUUUCUCUCUUUUCUCUGACUGUCAUAGUCCCUCCUACAUUUUCUCUGACCUCUGACAAGAAAGGAGAGGCUGUUUGCCAAGCUAUUGCUGGAAAACCAGCUGCCAAAAUCUCCUGGAUCCCUGCAAGUAAUCACAGUGUUGAGAAAGAUGUCCACCACCUCAAUGGAACAGUGACCAAGGUCAGCUACAUAAGUUGGGUCAACAGCACACAUCCUAAUGUCACCUGCCUGGUUACCCACCCAGCUGUGAACCAGUCUCUCUCCCUAGAUCUGUCAGACAAUUCCUCCAGGCUCCAGUAUCUCCAGAUUGGACUGCCUGUAAGUCUUGCUGUUAUCUGUGGUGUCGGAGUGACAUUACGUUUGAUUUUAAGGUGCAGGGCUUCCCGGCUACAGAAGAAGGCACAUCAGUCACCAGUACAGACUGUGACUGAAAACUUCGGAUUCACAUCUUUACAGCUAUACACACCUGUAAUGGGCCCUUACGUCUCACCAGAGGAAAUCUAUCAGAAUUAUAAACCACAAACUACACUUAUGAGCUAAUUAAGCAUGUAGGCACCAGCAGUCUAUACAAGCUCAACUAUUAAUUAUACUCUGUUACUUGAGCCUGUCCUUGAUCUAGCAAAUCUCUUAUGCACAGCAGGACAGCAGAAUACUCUAAACUGACCAAGAAAAGCCUUUCUCCUUCCUGACAUGAAGGGAGCCAGCGGAGCAGCCUGUUUAAGUCACUGAUUCCUCUCUGUAAAUAUCAGUACAGUUGUUAAAACAUUUGAAACAUGUAAAGACUGAGGAGGAGAAAUACACAUUUGAUUUUGAUUAGAGAAUAGGUUCUGAGGCAUGUGCCAUUUCCCCUCACAUCUGUAAUUGAUAUAUUUAUGUGACAGAGGAAAAGGCUUGCUGAAAAUAUAUCACUUCUUUGUAGACCCCCUUAGCAUCUAGAUUCUCUUUCCAUUCUCAAGAUGGAAACCACGAAGUGCCAUAAGGAGCCCUAAAAAAAAAAAAAAAAAGACAA